UUUUCCACUGCUACUGGUCUGUAUUGGAGAAGACUUCCAAAGUUUUAAUUACUACUGAUCAUUGGAUACCCUAUGCCUGAGGUCAUUUCUUCAAUACUUGCAUUAAAUAGUCAAUUCAUGUGUUUAGAAUGUUCAAUCAAAUUGAACCAAUACUUAAAUUUUGCAAGCAAUGUGCUAUCAGGCUAGACAUCCAUGGAAAUGAAUUUCCAUUUUUACAGUGCUUGUUGUUUCCUUAUCAUCUUCUCAAAAGUUUCAACUGCAAUCGACACCCUUUCUCCAUCAGAGUUACUCGCUGAUGGCAUGACCUUAGUCUCCAGAAAUGGAAGGUUUGAAUUGGGUUUCUUCACUCCUGGCAGUUCUGAGAACCGCUACCUGGGAAUCUGGUACAAAAAUAUCCCCAUGCAAACUGUUGUUUGGGUUGCAAACAGGAGAAAUCCAAUAAACAAUUCCACUGGCAUGUUGAAGAUAGAAAGUAGUGGCAAAAUCCUGAUUCAAGUUCAGAACACAACAGUUGUAUGGUCGACUAAUUCGACAGCAAGAGUUCAGAAUCCAAUAUUGCAGCUCCUGGAUUCUGGUAAUCUCGUUGUCAAAGAUGGAAAGGAUAGUAAUCCAGAGAACUACAUAUGGCAAAGUUUUGAUUACCCAUCAGAUACAAUGUUACCAGAGAUGAAAAUUGGUAUUGAUUUAAGAACUGGUUUCCAUCGAAGACUAACAGCCUGGAAGAACUGGGAUGAUCCAUCUCCAAGUGAUCUUACAUAUGGUAUAGAACUCAAAGGAAAUCCAGAGCUGGUGCUAAGGAAGGGCUUAGAAAAGUAUUUUCGCAGUGGGUUAUGGAAUGGCAACGGAUUUAGCGAGGCACCAAACUACAGGUCGAAUCCCAUCUUUGAUUAUGAUUUUAUCUGGAACGAAAGUGAGGUUUACUAUGUUUUUUCCCUCAAAGACAAAUCAGUGAUGUAUAGGUUAGUUUUGAACCAAACCCAAAGUCAAAGACAAAGGUAUAUAUGGAGCCCAGAAACUCAAACAUGGAAGUUAUUUGCAGUCCAGCCAGAUGGAAACUGUGACAAAUAUGGACUUUGUGGUCCAAAUGGGAACUGUGCUGAUGAGCUCCCGGCUUGUCAAUGUUUGACAGGGUUCAGGCCGAAAUGGUUCGAGAGAUGGAACUCAUCGGAUUGGUCAGACGGGUGCAUACACAGUAAGCCAUUGAACUGCCAGAGUGGAGAUGGGUUUAUCAGAAUUGGGAGGAUGAAAACCCCGGACUCCGCAAAUUCUUGGGUUAAUAAAACUAUAAAUCUCAAGGAAUGUAGGGCUAAGUGCUUGAGGAACUGUUCUUGCAUGGCCUUCACUAAUUUAUUUGUUACAAAAGGAGGUAGUGGAUGCGUCAUGUGGUUCGAUGAUUUACUUGAUAUCAAAUAUCAAUCAGAUGGUCAGGAUCUUUACAUCAGAGUGUCUGCUUCAGAAGCAGAAAGAAAGAAAAUGGCUAAGGUGAAGCUUGCCAUCAUACUCGCGAUAGUAAUUGUGGUGCUUUUGGGGUUUCUUUUACUCGUUUAUCACUUACGCAGAAGCAGGAGAAAGUUAAAAGAUGAAGUGGAAGACAAUAAUCUAUAUGAUGGAGAGGAUGAAGACGAGAAUGAAGAUAUGGAUGUUGCAGUAUUCGAGUUUGGUACGAUAGCUCAAGCUACUGAUUCUUUUUCAUUUAUGAACAAGCUAGGUCAAGGAGGUUUUGGUCCUGUUUAUAAGGGGACACUAGCAAAUGGACAGGACAUUGCAGUGAAGAGACUUUCAAAGAGUUCCGGACAAGGACCCAACGAGUUUAAGAACGAAGUAAAGUUGAUCGCCAAACUUCAGCAUCGGAAUCUUGUAAGGCUUCUUGGUUGUUGCAUUCAUGGAGAUGAGAGAAUGCUGGUUUACGAAUACAUGCCUAAUGGAAGCCUUGACAAAUUCAUUUUUGAUGAAACGAGAUGCACAGUUUUAACUUGGUCUAAGCGUUUCCGGAUUAUCUGCGGGGUUGCUAGGGGACUACUCUACCUUCAUCAAGACUCAAGGUUGAGGAUUAUCCAUAGAGAUCUUAAAGCUAGUAAUGUUCUACUUGAUAGUGAGAUGAACCCAAAAAUUUCGGAUUUUGGCAUGGCAAGAACUUUUGGAGGAGAUCAAAUAGAAGCCAAUACCAAUAGAGUAGUCGGAACUUAUGGUUAUAUGGCACCAGAAUAUGCUAUCGAUGGGCUGUUUUCUGCAAAGUCUGAUGUUUUUAGCUUUGGGAUAUUAUUGUUGGAGAUUAUAAGUGGAAGAAAGAAUAGGGGAUUUUAUCAUUCAAAUCAAAGCGGAAACCUUAUUGAACAUGCAUGGAGGUUAUGGAAAAAGGGCAAGCUUUUGGAUCUUGCUGAUGGAUUCUUAGUAGAGACCGGAGAUCUAUCCAAGUUGUUACGAUGCAUGCACAUUAGCCUUUUCUGUAUACAACUGUAUCCUGAGGAGAGACCGAGCACGGCAUCCGUGGUUCUAAUGUUGGGAAGUGAUAAUGAAUUGCCUUUGCCUAAAGAACUUGGUUUCUUAUUUCACAAGAAACCCUUUGAAGCAAAUUCUUCACCUGGAAACGACGGAUCAUCUUCAAGAAAUGAAAUAAGUUCAUCACUAUUAGAAGCUAGAUAAGAAAAGGUUAUAUAGUUCAUUGAAUCUGUUAUGGUCCAGGCUAUCGAUAACAAUUUCUGUCCCAUGUUCCUUACAAAUGCCUAUUGUGAGAAUGUAUCUGAAAUUAAAAUUCGAGGAUUGAUCUAUUGAAGGAUCAAUAUGAAGCUUCAUAUAGUUAAGAUAUAUGAAUUCUAGGUGAUCUCAUCAUUUAUAAGUUAUUGACUACGUACUUCUUUUUUGCUAUAUUUGUGCAAGAUCAAGAACCAUCUUUUUUUUCAAUUUUUCACAAAGCAGUUAAAAAUAAAGGAACGUUAUCUUUUAUACCCUAUUGAUCUCCUUCUUCCUCAUUUCUAUUUGUAAUUUUCCACUUGUAUCUUUUGUAGUAAAACAUAUUUUAUAGUGUCUGUUAGAACAAA